AUGGCGGCUACCUAUUCGGCGAAUGAGAAUAGUCACGGGGACAUCGCGGUAUCACCACUCAGUACUUCUGAUGGCUCCAAAGAGCUUUCAGAGAAUGGAGCAGAUGCGGAUUCCCAGUACCCACCUCCAACUGAGGAGGAAAAUCAAACUCUUCGAAAAGUUGCUGGAUCGCUGCCUCUUGUUUCGUUCGCAUUGUGCCUAGUCGAAUUUGCCGAACGUGCUUCCUAUUAUGGAGCAAAGACCGUUUUCAGCAACUUCAUUCAGUUUCCACUCCCCGAAGGUGGUAAUGGAGCUGGUGCACCUCCUCGCGGAACCCAGAAAACAGCUGGCGCUCUAGGAAUGGGUCUCCAAGCGUCAUCUGGGUUGACACUGCUAUUCCUGUUCCUCUCAUACGUCAUUCCAAUCUUUGGGGGUUGGUGGGCCGACGUUCAUAUCGGCCGAUAUAAAGCCAUCGUCGUGGGCGUGCUAAUCUGUGGAGUUGCCCACAUCAUCCAAGUAUUCGGCGCCAUCCCCUCUGUUCUACAGAGAGGCACAUCCAAUGCAGCACCCCCAUUCAUCAUCGGGCUGCUCCUUUUGUCUUUUGGCGCUGGGAUCUUCAAGCCCAACGUAUCACCCCUUGUGCUUGACCAAAACCCCACCAACAAGGCCUAUACCAAAACGCUCAAGUCUGGCGAAAAGGUGAUCGUCGACCCGGAAGCCACAUCGAACAGAAUUAUGUUGAUCUUCUAUGGCUUCGUCAAUGUGGGCGCUUUCUUCAUGCUUGCAACUACGUACUCCGAAAAGUACGUCGGAUUUUGGCUUUCGUUCCUCUUGGCAGGCGCUAUAUAUCUCUUGCUGCCUCUUCUGCUUGCAGUAAUGUACAAGAGAACAUAUAAGAAGCCACCAUCUGGAAGUUCUGAGAUCUCGCAGGCUUUCAAAAUAAUUGUCGCAGCGCUUCGACAGAACAGUUUCCGGUUCUGGCGCAAGAACUUCUGGGAAGCGGUAAAGCCCGCAACCCUCCAGCAAAAGGGUAUCACCGUGAGCUGGACAGAAAAAGAUGUGAAAAGCGUUGCUCGGACAGUGGCCGCUUGUGACAUCUUUUGGUUCUACCCGAUCUGGAACCUCAACGAUGGUGGUAUCGGGUCCAUCACCACAAACCAAGGUGCAUCCAUGGUCACCAAUGGUGCACCGAACGACGUGCUCUCCAACUUCAACGCAUUGACCAUCAUAUGUUUCGUCCCAGUCCUGACAUUCGUAAUCUAUCCCGCAUUACGUCGCUACCGCAUUCACUUCGGCCCAAUCAGCCGUAUCACAUUCGGCUUUUUCCUAGCGACCCUCGCGGGUCUCGCUGGUGCUCUUGUGCAAUGGCGCGUCUAUGCAACCUCGCCAUGUGGAAGUUUGGCUUCAACUUGUGAUACUGUCGCCCCGAUCAGCAUCUGGUGGCAGCUUCCUAACACUAUCCUGAGUGCCCUGAGCGAAUGUUUCUGCAAUGUCACGGCAUAUGAGCUUGCAUAUGCACGCUCUCCGGAUGGAAUGAAGGGUGUAGUUGUGGCCUUCUUCCUCUUCAUGAACGCUUUGUCGAGCGCCAUCGGUGAAAUCAUGCUUCCGGCGACUACUGAUCCGUGGCUGGUCUGGGUCUGGGGUGCGCCGGCGGUGGCGCUUGCUUUGCAGAGCAUCGUGUUUUGGUUUAGGUUCAAACACUUGAACCAUGAGACCUGGACACAGGAAGAAAUUACUACAACUGUUAUCCGAGAGGAGACAAAGGUCUAA